AGUAAUAUUGUAUGUAAUGUUAUUUUAUAUUAUGGUGAAUUGUAUAAAGUGUUUAAAUCGGAGUUAAAAAAAGGAUAAGUUAAUAUUUGCCCCUUCACCAAUCAUGGUGAUGGUGUGUAAUGUCGUUACCAGUGUCUCAGUAUGAAGCUUUACUUCAAGAAGUACGAGGAUUAAGACAUAAGGCACAGAAGGUUCAGCAACUGGCAACUCCGUUAUUAACUUGCUCUUCACAGACACCUGUUAAAGAUGGACCACCGACCUCCUUUGCUCCAUAUUCGCUAAACUAUAAGAUGGAAUCGCUUAUAGAACGACAGAAGCAUCCAAUAAAGUACGAUAGAAUUGGAAGCAUCCAGGAUAGCGAGGAUGAAUGCGGCGGUGUAUCAAGCGCUCAGCUUUCAGUUAGCAGUGAACCCAUAUCGCACGAGGGUAGAGGCAUGUCUGUGCUUUAUCACGGAACAUGGCCAGUGGAGAAGACGAUGUGGAAUUCAGAACCAACAAAUCUUGCACCAUCUGCAGAUUGCAAUAGAACAGAGAUGACAAGUGUAAUGAGUUUUGCGUCAAGCUCAGGUGGCGCGCCUUUAGAUCGUGUCUUAAGUAGUCCAGAUAGAUCACGAAGGUCUUCCCAACAGUUAGAGGCGAAGGUGGACAUGGUUUACAGUCUCCUUUCAAUUUUGGGCGGGCAGGAACACGCCGAUAUGGGGGAAACCUUAUUAGCACUUAGUACUAGUCCUGAAAGUUGCCUAGCCAUGCGACAAUCAGGUUGUAUACCACUAUUAGUUCAAUUGGUUCAAUCGGAUCGAGAUGCGGACACUCGUAAGAAGGCAUCUUUAGCAUUACAUAAUUUAAUAUAUUCGAAUAGCGACGAGAAAUUACGAAAACGUGAAACUAGGGUACUUAAAUUAUUAGAACAAAUACGCACAUAUACCGCAUACAUGCACAAUCAAACCGAUAUAGAUCUUGAAAUUCUAACAAUAUCGGAAGACGGCGAUAAGCAUCCUGUGCAAACGAUUGCACAUUUAAUGAAACUAUCGUUCGACGAAGGUCAUCGGCAGGCGAUUUGCCAAUUGGGUGGUAUUCAUUCGAUCGCCAAUCUUAUUGAGACUGAACAUGCACUUCAUGGAAGCACUUCCGAGGAGGGUCACUGUGUGUUAUUACGUAGAUAUUCGUGCAUGGCUCUCACUAAUCUCACAUUUGGUGAUAGUGGCAAUAAGGCUUUGUUGUGUUCUUUUCGACAAUUUAUGCGGGUUUUAGUUCUACAGCUUCAGAGUCCAUGCGACGAAUUAAGACAGGUGACUGCCAGUGUCUUACGAAAUUUGUCGUGGCGUGCUGAUUCAACUAGUAAAGAAAUAUUAAAGGAGGUCGGCGCAGUUACGGGUCUAAUGAAGGCGGCUAUGAUAAACAAUAAGGAAAACACUCUGAAGUCGAUUCUUUCCGCUCUUUGGAAUCUUUCGGCACAUUGUCCGGAGAGCAAGUCAGAGAUAUGCUCAAUAGAUGGAGCUUUAGGAUUUUUAGUGACUAUGCUGAGCUAUAAAUCGCCGACCAAAUCGUUAGCUAUAAUUGAAAAUGCAGGUGGUAUCUUAAGAAACGUUUCCAGUCAAAUUGCUGUGCGAGAUGAUUAUCGGGAGCUGUUACGAAAUCACGAUUGUUUAAGAGUAUUAUUAGAUCAAUUGAAAUCGCCUAGUUUAACUAUUGUAAGUAAUGCCUGCGGGACAUUAUGGAACCUAUCCGCAAAAAAUCAAACGGAUCAAGAGACCCUGUGGAAAAUGGGAGCGCCUACGAUGCUCCGCAGUUUAAAUCAUUCCAAGCACAAAAUGAUUGCUAUGGGAUCGAGUGCAGCUCUAAAAAACUUACUGGCGUCUAGACCGACUCACAAUCUGUUACCAUCCAUGGACGCAACCGCAAAAGCCAUGGAUUUACCUGUGUUACCCACUUUAGGCGCUCGUAAGCAAAAGGCUUUAUUUCAAGAGUUGGAGCAAAACCUAACAGAAACAUUUGAAAGUACAGACAAAGAAUCACCCACAAAAACUGGCCAAGAAGAGCAGUUUCUACUGGAAACCGCCAAUGCAGUACUAACCGUUAGCAACAAUGGUGACAUUAAUAAAACGUACAAACGUAAAUCCUUGCAGAACGAUUCUCACGACAGCAGUCUCAUUGAGGCCUUUAAGAAUUUAACGAUCGAUGAACCUUCGACAAGUUUCUCAAAUAGAUCUAGAGUCCUACAAGAUUACGGUAGUUCGAGUUUACCCUACAUUAAACCGCCGCUAUCUUACUCUUCUCCCCUUCACAAAUACUCGGAUUUGUCGUACAAAGAAGAACAAUAUAGUCAAAAUUCGCAGGUCCUAGAUGACGAAAAUUUCGGAAUUUACACCGAGACAGAUUUAGAUCAACCCACAGAUUAUUCCUUGCGAUACGCCGAAGAUGACUCGGAACCCGACGAUAUGUGUAAUAAGAAGGCAGAAGGGACGGAUUUCGUUCAAGAUACCGUUAAGACGUAUUGCACCGAAGAUACUCCUUACGAAACGCCCUUCAAUUAUUCCACGGCAACUUCUAUGUCAGAUUUGCGCGAGACCGGGUUAGAAACCGAGAAGUCUAUUAUAGAUAAUGAUAAAUUGGUCAAGUCGAACUUGAAUUCCAUCAAGAACGCGUCAAUGUCACAAUCCGACGAAAAGGAUCAUUGCUCUGUGGAAGAUGUCUCUGAAAUAGAUAAUGCACCGAAAGUUAUUACUAAGAAUCUUAAAUCGCAAUUUAGUUCGGGCUUAGCAUCUCCAGAAAAGCCGGUUAAUUAUGCCGACGAGGGUACUCCGGGGUAUUUCUCACGAGUGAGUAGCUUUAGUUCUUUGAAUUCCAUGCAAGUUGGGGAUAAGGUGAAGUACGAAUUGGAUAAUAAGGAGGUCGACACGAGACAGGAGGUUCAUGAUGAUACUGUUCCACAAAAGAGUGAGGUGCAUCCAGAAGGAAAAGCUGUUAAAUUCGAGCAAGUUGUGAAUUACGCCGAGGAAACUCCGCUUAUGUUUUCGCGAAGUAGCUCGUUAGCGUCAUUGGAUAGUAUCGAACAACAUUCAAUACAUGAUGAUCGAGAGUCUGUAAUAUCAGAUUUCAGUCGCCUAACGAGCGGUAUCGUAUCACCAAGUGAACUACCCGACUCUCCCACUCAAACAGUACCACCAAGCCCGAGGCAGCCACUUCCCUCGGCACCCAGAACAGUUCCCUUAACCCAUCGAACUCCGGCAGAUGGUAGUCCGCAAAUAAAACCCCAACCAAAGAUUGUAAGCGCUUUUGAAGAUAACGUUAAAAAGUUCAAGGAAGAGAGUACACCCAUACAAUUUUCGACCGCUACGAGUCUUAGUAGUUUAACGAUCGACGAUCAUGAAGACGGAAGUGAUGUUGUUGGUAAGAUUCUAACUAUAAGCAAACGUGGAGAAGUUGUAAAAAAAAGUAAGGAAGAUGAAAUACCGGCGGUUUCCGAAAGUGAAGAGGAUGAAGAUAUUUUAGCUGCCUGUAUCAGUGAUGGAAUGCAGAAUAAUAGGCAUCAUCUCAGUGGUUCUCAGCAAAAUAUACCUUCUCCGCUUUUUAAUUACUCAUCUAAGUCAAUGAUAUGUACCCAAGGCAGUGGUAUUCCGCUUCCUCAUGCCCGUUCAACCACUACCAGUACAAACGAUUCAUCAAUUCUCAAAGAUAAUCCAUCAAGUUUACACUCCAAUUCUUUCCACAACUAUUGUACAGAAGAUAUAAAUUAUACAGGGGAUAAUUCCAAUAUAAGCCUUUUAUCUACUGCGAGCGAUAUUCAAAAGAAGGACAAAGUGUACUCGUCUGACGACAGUAGCAACUUAUCCGGAGAUAAUGAGAAUAUACUGGCCGAAUGUAUUCAAUCCGCCAUGCCCAAAACACGCCGGAUGACUAAACCGAUCGCUACAACUAGACCAUUAUCCGCACUGCCCGUCAGAAACGUUCAAACCAGUACGCCGAUUAAACCGUUUACACGAAUUGAGCAUCCAAAUUCCACGAGAUUGGAGGAACUGAAACGUCCAUCACCGUCCGUAUAUUUAAGUGCGAAAGAUGAAGUGGAGAACUAUGCCGUCGAAAACAGCCCUUGUCAAUUCUCCUUGCAUUCUAGUCUUAGUGAUCUCACUGUGGAUGGAAGUGUGGCGGGCGGUUUCAGACCCAAUCAGUCAGUCCAUCAACCAACCGAAGUAAAAGACACAAAACCUACAGCAGGACCAAGUUCUUUAAAUACAGAGCAAAUAGCAGCAACAUACGUUCCCGAAUUUACUUUGUCUCGACAGGAAUCAUUCUCUUCACUGAGUGCCGAUUCCUUCGGAUCUUUGGAACAAGAACAAGCUCUUUUAGAACAAUGUAUAUCAUCGGGCAUGCCGAAAAGUAAACAUACACACGCCCCCAAAACUGUCGAUGCGCCAAGGCAGGUUAUUGUCACUAAACCUAUCGGUGUGGCUACCAAACAAUUUAACGCCAAUAAAACUCAGUCUGAUUCCAUUCGUCCAAUGACCUAUGAUGACAAAUCGAUAAGACACGGAGAGAGGAAGACGGACUUCGCGGAUCAAGAUGAAAAAUUAGUUUAUUCAAAAAACGUAAAUGUAACGUCUGCUGUCGGGAGCACGAUAGCGGAAAAAAACGUAAUGCGUCCCACCACGCCAUCUACGGCAGCAGACGUCGCACAUAUAGAAAAGUCCGAAGAAAAAGUGACACGCAAUCGCACGAUAAUCGAGAUACAAGCAGAUAUAUCUCGGGACAAAUGCUUGCCUUUCGAAGAGAACUUAUCGAUAGAACCCAUGAGGAGUGGGUGUGAAACGCUCGUUGCAGAUUCGGAUGUUAGUCCCGAAUCUCUGUGUUCAAUCACCGACAAUAUCGAGUUUGACUUUGGAAAUGUAAAUUUAGAAAUAAAAGCCGUCGAUACUCGUAUGUUAGAUCCUGACGCCAUGAUUGAAUCUUUAGAUCGAUUUACAGCCGAAUUAGUUUCACAGGCCGAAGCGGCGCAUUCAAAUAAAGAUGCACAUAAAUUUACCACUUCAAUAACAGAUGGAGAUACUUGGAAUGACGAUUCUUCGCCAAAUGAUUUGACUUUUCCAAGUAUUUCAGGAAGUGCGCCAAAUGUUAUUACAUUCCACAGCGAGUCGGAUUGUGCGAAUACAGGAGGUGGGUAUUAGUCCUAGGGGUGGCAA